AUGGCUGUCACAGAAGUCAAAGCCAUGGCCAUAACCUCCUUCUGUUUUAUUGGAAAGCUGGUCAUGAAGACUGAUAAUAGUAGAACUAUGAAUGUGGAUUCCACUGCAGUGAUGCUGUCUAUGUCUGAUCCAACCACAUGGGCCACAGCAAUGAAUAAUCUUGGAAUGGCACCACUGGGAAUUGCUGGACAACCAAUUUUACCUAACUUUGAUCCUGCUCUUGGAAUGAUGACUGGAAUUCCACCAAUAACUCUAAUGAUGCCUGGCUUGGGAAUAGUAUCUCCUCCAAUUCCACCAAAUAUGCCAGUAGUAAAAGAGAUUAUACACUGUAAAAGCUACAUACUUUUCCCUCCAAGUCCAAAUCUUCCAAAUCCUGCAACCCGAGAACGACUACCAGGAUGCAAAACAGUAUUUAUGGGUGGCCUACCUGAAAAUGGGACAGAGCAGAUCAUCAUGGAAGUUUUUUAACAAUGUGGAGAGAUUAUUGCUAUUCGAAAGAGCACACAGAACUUUUGUCACAUUCGCUUUGCUGAGGAGUACAUGGUGGACAAAGUCCUUUAUCUUUCUGGUAGUUACUGUAUUCACCUGGGCUCUAACACUGACAAGAAGGACACAGGCCGGCUCCAUGUUGAUUUUGCACAGGCUCGAGAUGACCUUUAUGAGUGGGAAUGCAAACAGCGUAUGCUAGCAAGGGAAGAGUGCCACCAUAGAAAAAUGGAAGAAGAAAGAUUGCACCUGCCAUCCCCACCCUCAGUGGUCCACUAUUCAGAUCAUGAAUGCAGCAUUGCUGCUGAAAAACUAAAAGAUGAUUCAAAAUUCUCAGAAGCUGUGCAGACCUUGCUCAUCUGGAUUGAGUGAGGAGAGGUGAACCGUCGCAGCGCCAGCAACUUCUACUCCAUGAUCCAGUCAGCCAACGGCCACAUCUGCCGCCUGGUGAAUGAUAAAGGUACCCAUGAGAAAGACAUGGAAGAAGCAAAGGAGAAGUUCAAGCAGGCCCUUUCUGGAAUUCUCAUUCAAUUUGAGCAGAUAGUAGCUGUGUACCAUUCUGCCUCUAAACAAAAGGCAUGAGACCACUUCACAAAAGUCCAUCAUAAAAACAUCAGUGUUUGGUACAAACAAGCUAAGGAAAUUCAUAACAUACAUAAUGAGGAAUUAAUGGGAAUCAGAAGAGAAGAAGAAAUGGAGAUGUCUGAUGAUGAAAUAGAAGAAACAACAGAAACAAAAGAAACUGAGGAAUCAGCCUUAGUAUCACAGGCAGAAGCACUGAAGGAAGAAAUUGACAGCCUCCGUUGGCAACUCGAUGCCUAUAGGAAUGAAGUCGAAGUGCUUAAACAAGAACAAGGCCAAGUCCACAGAGAAGAUGACCCAAACAAGGAACAGCAGCUGAAACUCCUACAACAAGCCCUGCAAGGAAUGCAACAGCAUCUACUCAAAGUCCAAGAGGAGUACAAAAGGAAAGAAGCUGAACUUGAAAAAAUCAAAGAUGACAAGAUACAGGUGGAAAAAAUGUUGGAAAAUCUUAAAGAAAAGGAAAGCUGUGCUUCUAGACUGUGUGCAUCAAGCCAGGAUAGUGACUACCCUCUUGAGAAGAACCUGAACAGCAAUCCUAUCAAAUCUGAACGUGAAGCCCUACUAGUGGGGAUUAUCUCCACAUUCCUUCAUGUCCACCCAUUUGGAGCAAGCAUUGAAUACAUCUAUUCCUACUUGCACCGUCUAGAUAAUAAGAUCUGCACCAGUGAUGUGGAAUGUCUCAUGAGUAGACUCCAGUAUACCUUCAAGCAAGAAAUGACUGGAGUUGGAGCAAGUCCGGAGAAGAGAUGGAAAUUCUGUGGCUUUGAGGGCUUGAAACUGACCUGA